CUUUUGGAGAGGCCAUGCUACAUACAAUUGGUUACAUCUACACACGAAAAGCUGCAAGAGAACUUGGAAAGGAUAUGCGGUAUAUGAAUGUUCCCUUUUUGGCCGAAUGGGUCCGAGACAAAGGACACCGUAUUAAGUCACAAGUAACAGCAGCCUCAGGAGCUGUGUCCCUAAUUCAAAUACAAGAAGAGCUCAAGAAGCUAAACCAAGGAGAAAACAAGGAAGAAAACAUAAUCAAAGCUAUUGAAGAUAAGAAGGAUGCCAUGGUUCAUUCUCUAUGGCAGAUCAAUGUGAUUGAUAUUGAAUCAACUCUGUCACAUGUUUGCCAAGCAGUUCUUAAAGAUCCUAGUGUCUCCAAAGAUGUUCUGAGAUCUCGGGCCAAAGCAUUGAAAAAGUUAGGAACUAUCUUUCAAGGUGCUAAGUCUUCUUAUAGCAGAGAAGACAGUCUACGUCAAGAAAGAGGCAAAGCAGUAGAUGUUGGUUCCUCAUCAUAG